UAGACCAAACACACAACUUCGAUACUCGCUUGUGUGCCUCGGUAUCUGCGCUUGUAAUUGACUCCUAACAGUUCCUAGUCACCUACCUAGGUAGUCAGAUCGUUAGCGCAAAACGUAAUGUGCGCCAUUACCGAGGGGAAAAUGGAGACGAGACGUGGAGACGAUAUUCACUCCUCAUCUUGUCUACUUCGUCUCCAUCGUCUCCAUUAUCUCCAUCACCCCGGAAUCCAUCUAGAAUCCAUCUUAUCUCAAACUACGAAAACCGAAACCGGCCAUUAGGAAUUAUACCAAGACAAAGAUUUGACCUGAGACGUCAGAACCAGACUUCAGAUAUUUAGGAAAUCGUGGAGAGAUUCGGAUACGGUUCGAUCAGCCAACAUCGAAAACCAAAACGGGAAUCCGAAAUCCGAGAGGAAUAAGGAAUAAGAAUUGCAAUAUGGCACCUCUAACUCCACACUGGGCCCAGCCCUCACAUCCCGAUGUCCAGGACGUGAUCAUCAACGCGCAUGAAUUCACAUCCAAGAGCCUGUCCAAAAUCUCGCUACCACCCUUUGGGCUAUUUGCGAAGAUGGACUUCCCGCCAUGCACUCUCGCCCCGGAGCCGACAUACGCCACAGUUCAGUGCGGCCGAGACAAGCACCUGAACCUGAACAGUGACUUGCUGUACAUCAACCACUCUUGCGAGCCAUCCCUAAUCUUCGAUACCGCCACCCAGAAUAUCGUCGCGGGGCCCAAUGGCCUGCGCGUCGGCGAAGAGCUGACCUUCUUCUACCCAUCCACAGAAUGGCACAUGGCCCAGCCCUUCGAUUGUCUCUGCGGCAAACCAACCUGUCGCGGCCGCAUCAGCGGCGCCAAGGACAUGACCCGAGCCCAGCUGGAAGGCGUGUGGCUCAACGGACACAUCCACGAGCUGCUCAAGGAGCAAGAGCUCGGCGGAAAGGAACCUGAACCUGAAAAUGGCAGUAGUACUAAACCCUCCGCUUCUUCCGUUCCCACGACAGCAUCCGACGAUGCCACCGCCGAGGCGCUAAGAGACGCCUUGAAGCACGCCGAGAAAGUAGUCGAGGCCGCGAAGAUCGCCCUGACGUCCUACCUCGAGUCCGCGACGGUUAGGGGCAAGAUUGGCAAAGGAGGCGCCAAUAGCUUCGGAGUUGCCAACGCCACCUCAGCCGCCGGACUUACGAGACGCGGCGUGACGUCACGGGAACUGAGCGGUGAGAUGGGCGGCGAUACGAUCUUAGCUACCGGAUCUUGAAGUGGACGGGGAAUUUCUUUGGUUACAGUAUUUUGAUUAUUUAGGAACAUUUCUUUUCUCGAAUUCAACAUUCGCGUAUCGAGUCGGCUUUCAACAGACCGACUUUAUUCGCUUCAAAGACAAUAUCAAUAGAUAGCAGAUAACACUCAUACAAAGUUCUAGUCACAUAGAGAUACUUAGAAAUUAGGGCGCAACGUUCAUUUUUAGAUGAUUGAUUUAAGUAUUUAUGA